AUACUUCCUGCCUCUGUCCCAAAUUUCUCCUAGUACGCUAUUCAGAGAAAGUCCUUUCUUCCGCCACACCAAUAUGGCCCUUUUGUAUUUAAGCGUUUUGAUGAUCAAAAAGUUGCAGCGUUUUGCAGCUCUAUGAAUAAAUUGAACAUUCUUUAAAUACUUGGCGGAUGGGAGAACUCAAACUCUUAAAUGCUUCGCUAGAAGACAAUUACACCAAUAAAAUGAUUUUGCACAUUAUUAUCCUUUCAUCUUCAUCACUAGCGUUGAUUUUUCUUCUUCUAAUUAGGAAACAGUCUUCGGAAAAUCCGAAGCCGCCUCUUCCGCCGUCUCCAAAAAGGCUACCUAUCAUAGGCCACCUUCACCAUCUAAUCAUCAGCAAGUCGCCGCCGCAUCGCUCCCUCCACCGCCUCUCCGACCAAUACGGAGGAGGCGGAGGUCUCAUGUUCCUCCAGCUCGGCUCUGUUCCGGCACUAGUGGUUUCCUCCGCUGACGCUGUCCGCGAGAUCUUCAGAGACCACGACGUCGUUUUCUCAGGCCGCCCGGCACCCUACGCCGCCAGAAAAAUGACCUACAAUUACGCCGACGUGACGUUUUCAACGUACGGCGAGUAUUGGCGGGAGGUCCGGAAGGUUCUAGUGGUCCAAUUGCUAAGCGCGAAGAGAGUGCAGGGGUUUGUGGCAGUCCGAGAGGCAGAGGUCGGCCGCAUGAUCGAUCGGAUCGCUUUCUCAUGCUCGGAAUCGGCGGCGGCGGCGGUUGAUUUGAGCGAAUCGGCGAUUUGGCUCUCGAACAACGUCAUCUGCCGGGUGGCUCUCGGGAAGAAAAGGGACGGCGGAGGGGAGAUGAAGUUUCACGGAGCUCUUCUGGAGACGCAGCAAUUGUUGGGGGAACCUAAUUUGGCGGAUUUCUUCCCGGGAUUGAGCUGGGUCAACAAGGUCAACGGGUUUGACGCCAGGGUAGAGAAGAACUUCAAGGAGUUGGAUGGCUUUUUAAACGAAGUGUUGGAGGAGCACUGUGAUAAUUGGAUGAAUGAUGAGGACGAUGCUGAUAUUGUUCAGUCUCUGCUACGAAUUCAGAAGGAUCAAAACUUUCAAACUUCAAUCAGCUUCACCACCAAAAAUAUAAAGGCUGUUCUUGUAGAUGUAUUUAUAGCGGGGAGCGAUACUUCUGCUUCAACAAUAGUGUGGACAAUGACAGAGCUCAUAAAAAACCCAAACACAAUGAGAAAAGCUCAAUCCGAAGUGCGGAACCUCAUGAAGGGAAAUCAAAAAGUGAGUGAGAGUGAUCUCCCAAAUCUGAAAUACCUGAAAAUGGUGGUCAAAGAGUCCUUAAGACUCCACCCUCCGGCACCAUUACUCGUACCUCGGGAAACCACCGAAAAAUGCACCCUCGGCGGAUACGACAUUCCGGCGAAGACACGAGUUUUCAUCAAUGCCAUGUCCAUCGGCACGGACCCUAUGGCAUGGGAAAAUCCGAUGGAGUUCUGGCCGGAGAGGUUUUUCGAGAGCGAUGUCGACUACAGAGGAAUGCACUCCGAGUUUAUACCAUUCGGAGCGGGGCGGAGGGGUUGUCCUGGCACAAACUUCUCGGUGCCGUUGGUGGAGCUCACACUUGCCAAUCUUUUGUAUAGGUUUGAUUGGAAGCUUCCGGAGGGGAUGGCUGUUGAGGAGAUUGAUAUGGAAGAAACUUUUGGGAUAACUGUGCACAAGAAAGCUCCUCUUUCCUUGCUUGCUCUCAUCAUUUCUACCCCUACUUCAUAAACUGCACACAUAUUCAUUAGGAUUGGGAAAAUUAAAAAAUAUUGUGAAAUUUCAAAAGUACUUUAUUUCUCCCGAGAUAGAAGUUCACAUUGCUACUCCUAUUAAGAGAAAAAAAUAUCAGUCUUAGUUUGGAAUAUGAGGUUAUUUUACAUUUAUUGAGGAAUUUUUUUUAUGUUAAAUUGCAAACUAAAAAGUCGGAGUCUAUGUGUGAAUUGUGUAAACCAUCGCUGUUAAUUACGUUGUUGUUAUGUGCGAGGGCAUAUCACUAGCAAGCGAGCACUAUAAUGCUAAUAGGAUGAUCAAGCUUUAAAAUUGGAACUGUCCUCUAAUUUACAUAUCUAUCCAACCAUG